GGACGGGCUGGAUUUAUUUCAUCUGUGCUUACUUUGCUAUUUCAUAUUAUUUCGCUAACGAGAUUCAAUGCUAGACACCGACAUCUCCUCACCGAUCUGAUGGCGCUUCUCCCCCACACGCACAAGGAGAGUAAACUCGACACGAAAAAGAACGGCGGCUACAACCUGCUUCUCAACGACCUCGCGGAGCUGCAUUCCUGCAAUGUCGUGUUCUUCCUCGAGGCGCGGAAACGCGGUCAGGACCUCUAUCUCUGGCUCUCGCUGCCGCCCAACGGUCCCACGAUCAAGUUCCACGUGACGAACAUCCACACGAUGGGCGAGAUGGGGACGGGCUUUGCGGGGAACUGCCUGAAAGGCGGACGGGGCCUUGUCGUCUUCGAUCGCUCCUUUGACGAG